AUGUCUGAGGCUACUCCUGUUCCAGAAAACAUGGAUGAACACGUGGACUCCACAGUAUCGCAAAAGACCGGAAUGAAGUCGUCCUAUAAUGGGGAGAGCAUUUCCGUUGAGGUCGCAAAGCGCAAAGCAUUGGACGGCAGUAUCGAUGAGCCAAAGGAAAAAAUGAGACGAACGGACUCGGCGAUCUCAGUGACGACUUCGAAAGCUGGCAAUACAGACGGAAAGCAAGUGGGAGGGUCAACAAGCACUAAAGUCGAACCUUCUGCUGAGCUACAGUCCCGCCCUGACGCUGCAAAAAGUGAGACUCAUGACACCGCCGAAAACAUGGCAAUCGAUGAGCAACCUGUCCGUAGCUCAUCAAAUUCGACGAAAGAUAAGAAGCAAGUUACGACAACAGUCAGCGAUGAGCCGUCCCUUGAUCUUCCAUCCAAUGCGUUGGGUGACAAUGAAUACAAACCGGCUUCCGAAGAAGAGUCUUCCGGUGCGUACUCAAGUGACUUUGGCGAGGAGAUUGUGAGUAAAUAUGUCAAACUAGAUCCUUUGCCGGACAAUGUGGCACCUUUGAAUGCCUUGACGAAGGCAGAAACGAGAGAGCUGGAAAAUAGCUUGCAAAUUCGAAAGGGUGGGUGGCGUGACGACUGGAUUGGGAACUUGGCCUUUGCGGACGAAGACAUACCUAACCCUGAUGGCAAAUCUCGUGAUAGGGGGAAAAAGUCACUGUUCAGAUGGGCUGAAAGGAACAAGCAGAGCAAAAGGCUAUUGAAUAAUCUACUCCGCGUAGUGUACAACUUGGACGAGACUCCAGAACAUGCAAGAAAAGUACUGGCGGCUGCUGAAGCAGAUUCUGUCGAAAGCAUCCAAAACGCUGUGAGAAGAGUCUCGUACGAUCCGGAAGUGCUUCGACAGGAUGGAUGGACCACAGCAAAGUCUUUGGAACCCAUUGGUGCCUCAGGUGGUCCACACAGAAUAGGUGAGAUGGUGUCUUGGCAGGGAUACACGGGUGUGGUAAUUGCAUAUGAUCAUGACGACCACCUCGGAGACCUAUGGAAGGCCAUGUGGAUAGAAGAGUUCGAUACCUUUGACCUCGAGGCUGAGGAGUUGGCUGACGCUAAGAAAAGGUUUGAAAAAAGGAUCAAACAGAGAGAACAAAAGGAAAAACCACAAGCUCAGGCCGCAAACUUAUCGGGAAGUCGAAGAUCAGGCAGGACUACAUCCCCCGACUUUACGGUAAAUGGAAUCGAGCAUGGAAUUGUGCUCGCUGUUUCGUACAGUCGUGGUUCACGUCCAGGUGUGUUUUGGCCAGCUCGUGUGAUGCACUUUUCCGAGAUGAAGUCACAGUCAAAACGAGGGUCUCAGAAGCAAAAAGUUGACGUUGUCUUUCUCGCUCCAUACUGGAAUGCAACUUCAACGUUGCCCAGCAAAGAGUCCUACUCCGAGUCGUUAUCGCGGCAUGGAGACACUAUCUUCAAUUCUGGUGCUCUGUUCGAAUUAGAAACUAUUGAUGCAUCGCCAGAUUGCAUUCAAGAGUAUCCAUACACUGGCAGCAGUGGUUUGGAUAUCGACCAACUGCGAUCGUCUUUCAAGUUCAUUGGGUUGCCUAAGGCAGCAUUUCCAAGAUUUGUCGAUGCGCAUCGGCUUGCACUUGGGCUAAAGGAGUAUUCGAAGACCGUCAUGAAGUCUACUAUUAACUCGGACGAUUUACACCUAACCACUGCUGGAUUGUUUGAAGCGCAUCCAAUAGCGGCCCAGGCGGCUCAGUAUCCAGACGCAGUUCUUCACCUACCCUUUGGCCAUAUUUUGAGUCAAUUACCUCAUCCAGACGAGGAAGAGAAAAAGCAUGGGCUUGACGAUCUGGAGUCUGGAGAAGAACCAGUAUUGCAGCUUGGAUCCAUGCUUGAGCUCAUGAAACCGCCCAAAUGUUGGGGCUAUACAAACGGCAAGGCGUCCCAGGGAAUGGAGACACCUGAUAGAAAACCAAUUCAAAAGGUUUUCAAAACUCCACCACUACUUCUCAACUUCGACAGUAAUGAUGGAUCAAUUACGUUGGAGCGGUUUACCCUCGGCCUGCCAUUUCUGGUUUCAUUGUUGGCUGGAGCAGACUCUGAUUCAUCGCGAUCCUUUCUUUUGAAGAAGAGUCUAGAUCAGUUGCUUGUAAAACUACCAAAGGACUCGGACGAUUUCAAGGCUUUGUCGGCAGACACGAAAGAAGUCCAACGCAAAGCUCUCGUCAAGCUUUGGGUGGUUGUUAAGACACACGGGGAAGAUGUAAUUGGAUCUCUCGAGCAAGAGCAACAGUACUUGAUGGAAUGGAGAAAGUUAUGCGAGAGGAUCUACAAGUAUAUCACGGUUGUUUUCUCAACUAUGGGUGUUGGGAACAAAGUAUCGUACGUUAUGACAGACUCUUUGUGUAACCAACACCUGACUUCGAAUGGGUGCUUCGAGCGAGCAGUGCGACUCCCAGCAGCGCUCAAAGCAGCUAAGGAAGUCGGUGCAGGGAAAAAUGAAAGCCUGCAGCUGAUGACUUCGGUGAAGCCGUCUUAUAUGGAGAUGGCUGAAAACAAAGUUAUUCGACGAGCUCACACUAAAACAUAUCUUCAGCGAAUCAAGAAGCGCUGCAUGGCGAUUGCCGAUGAUACGACGAUUGCAUCCCUGACCGAAGAUAGCGAAGGCAAUGGUGGCGCAGACACAAAGGGAUCCCGAGGAUCUUGGAAGGCAGCCAUCGCAGGGGUUGGUUCUGCUUUGCAAGCGCUCGACAUGAUUCUUCAUGGAGAGUGUGUUAAUGUGUUUUCGAUUACACGUCCACCUGGGCACCAUGCAGGAAAGGAGCUCCACGCUAUGAAGGCAGUGUCAAAUGGUUUCUGUGUCUUGAAUCCAGUUGCAUGUGCAGCAAUUCAUGCUGCAACACCAGUCUCUGAGGGUGGUCAUGGAUUGCGCCGAAUCUGUGUUAUCGAUGUUGAUGUCCAUCAUGGAAAUGGAACACAAGAUAUUUUGGGAUCUACUUACGACCCGCGUUUCCUUUAUGUGUCCCUUCAUGCUGGUGGUCCACACUUGAACGGAGUAGAUCCUUCAGACGACGAUCCAUUGCCAAAUCACCAUCUCGGAAGGUCAGCACUAAAAGGCAUCUUUCCUGGUAGAUGCGGAGAUUCUUCUCCUCACCCUGGAGUGCUGAACAUUCCGCUUGGCCCACGAGUCACAUCCCAUGCGAUUGGCACUGCGUUGGUGACCAAGGUCACUCCAGCAGUUGAGCGAUUUUCACCGGACCUUAUCAUCAUGUCAACUGGUUUUGAUGCACACAAGAAUGACCCGCUAGGCUUGGGUGGACUAUCAGCGGAAGACUUUGGUACACUCACUGAAGUUAUUUGCAAACUGGCACACAAGACUUGCAGUGGGCGAAUCUUGAGUGUAUUGGAGGGAGGCUAUGGAGUCCCAUGUUGUCAACCCCCAGUAAAUCUGUUUGACCCUGAAGAAGCACUCAAACAGGUAGCUCUUCAGGACCAACAGAAGCAAGAGACUCGAGAAAUUCCUACCAAUGGCUCCACAACUGCACCUUCAACCUUGCCAGCAGAAGUCGAACAACCACCCAAGCCUUCCAUCGACACUCAAACAGCCGAACGGAGCGUUUAUACGGCUUCAAAGUCAGACUCUGCCGCUAAGCCGUUGGACUUGUUGGAGUUGGGGGAUGAUCUUCCCGAGACCAUGAAGGACGAUGUCGAUAUUGGCUUGGCCAGAAGGUUGGAUCGAUGUCAUAAGGAAGGAUUCAUGCAUUGUGUCCGGGAACACGUCAAGGCACUGGAGAAAUCCAAUGCUCGAUCAUAG